AUGCUCCACUCAGGCUGGGUAGCCAUUCAGCCAGCAGCAGAUAUCCUCCUCACCAUGGCAGGAGAGGAAAUCUGCCUUCAGCAUCUUGGCCCCCAGCUUGUGGACCACCUCAAAGUCAAAGUGCUGUCAGAGGGCAGUAAUGAGCUGGUUGCAGGGGUGUCUUGGGUCACUGCAAAUGAUGGUGCCUUCGUGGAGGCAUUGGGAAUUGCAGAGUUCCUGAAGAGAUGUGCUGUGGUGUUGACAGACCAGGAUAAGUACUCAGAAAUCAAUGGUGACAAAUACGAGCAGAUUUUUGUGCAUAUCCCUGUGAAUACACCUCACCGUUACCAUGGAGGCUGCAGGAUGCUGCAAGCUACAAACUCAUCUUUCCUGGUGGAGGCAGAUUUGAAGGAGUACUGUUAUCCUGAGUCUAACAUGUCUUGUGUGAGAAGCUUUUACAGUGUAGUGGCUCGAUCUGUGUUAUAUGUUUUACUGGUGUUGGCGAUGUCAGUGACCAUUCUAGGGAACUCAGUGGUCAUCAUCUCCAUUGCGCAUUUCAAACAACUGCACACGCCCACCAACAUGCUGGUGAUGUCUCUAGCCCUGGCGGACCUGUUGCUGGGUGUGAUUGUUAUGCCGUUCAGCAUGAUCCGAUCUGUGGAUGGGUGCUGGUACUUUGGAGAAGCUUUCUGUUUAUUGCACUCUAGUAUUGACAUUUUUCUCACCUCUGCAUCAACCUUUCACCUGAUGUGCGUUGCUACAGACCGAUAUCAGGCUGUGUGCCAUCCGCUUCAGUACCCGACAAGAAUAACCAUACCUACUGCAUGGGUGAUGGUCGCUGUGAGUUGGAUUACAGCCGCAGGGUAUUCUUACGGUCUCAUGUAUUCAAAGGCAAAUGUAGUAAAUCUGGAUGAGUACAUUGAAUCAAUAUCUUGCAUGGGAAGUUGUAACCUUGUGUUUAAUGCACUGUGGGGGCCUCUGGAUGUAUUGUUAUGUUUCCUUUCUCCUUGCACAGUCAUGUUUUGCUUGUAUGCUCAAAUUUUUUUGGUUUCAAAAAGACACGCAAGGAAAAUUGAGGGAACAAAGCAGAGCAGAAAUGAGUUGAGCUUAAACAAGGUUUCCCAAAGCAUGAAACGUGAGAACAAGGCAGCGAAAACCCUCGGCAUUGUUGUAGGCACAUUCAUAUUUUGCUGGAUGCCGUAUUAUAUCAACUCUCUAACUAAUCCUUACAUUAACUUCUCCACUCCUGUGGAACUUUUUGAAGUGUUUGUCUGGUUGGGCUACAUCAAUUCAACUUUAAAUCCCAUAAUAUAUGGCCUCUUCUACCCCUGGUUCAGGAAAUGUCUUUAUCUCAUUGUUACACUGAGAAUAUUUGCCCCUCAUUCCUCUGACACUAAUGUCUUUGCAGCUUAA